CUCGCCCAGAGCGAGAGCGCCUGUGACAGAGGGCUGCUUUGAUUCAUGCUGCUGUGAAGCCUCAUUUUGGGAUUUGGAGAACAAUUAAUGCGGCUGAAACAGAGCGUAUGAAGGAUGAGAAGAUGAAUGUGGAGGCUCUUAGCAGGGCAGAGCUGCUGACUCUCCUCAGUAUCUUGGAGGGUGAGCUUGAAGCCCAGGAUGUGGUCAUACACGCCUUAAGGGCGCAGCACAGAGAUGCCUUCGUCCAAGAGCGUUAUGGCCAGUAUGACCUCAGCGAUCCCUUCCUGGCCUUGCAGCGGGAUAGCGAGCCAGAGGAGCGCCAGAACACCCUGGCUCAGCCUCACACGCACCUGCAGGGCCGCGCAGUGGGCCCCAACCCUCUGGCUGUGCUCAAGCUGGUCAUGGCUCACUGCAAGAGGAUGCAGGAGAGGAUGAUGGGACAGUUGGCUGCUGCUGAGAGCCGACACAGGAGGAUGAUCGCUGAUCUGGAGGAGGAGAAGAGACGUCAUGCACAGGAUACUGCACACAGUGAUGACUUCACCACCAUGCUGCAGAAUGAAAGAGACAAACUGAUGCAACAGUUGGAAGUGGAGCGUGCCACUGUGCAGAGGUUAGAAAAGGAGCAAUCACAGGCUGUAAACCAGGCAGAGGAGUCACUCUCCCAGCAGCAGCAGCUCUCCUCCUCUCUGACCCUGGAGCUCCAGAAGGCCAGCAGCCUGGCUCAAGAGGAGGCCCAGAAGGUUGUCCAGCUUCACACCUCGCUCCAGGAACAGACCUCCGCUGUGGAGAAGCUCCGGGUGGUUCUUGAAGAAGAGAAGAACAGGGCAGCCCAGCUAGAGGUCAGGUCUGAGAGGCAGCUGGCUGAGUUUGACUCUGAACGAGAUCAGAUGAAGGCAAGGAUCUGCAAAGAGGAGGAGAAGAGUCAGGAGCUUGAGAAACAGCUGGAGGAGCUGAGGAAGAGGCUGGCUGAGACUGGAGGGUGUAAGGGCAAGGUAAAGGAGGCUGGAGGAGAAGUAAAAGAGUCAGUUUCUAAGGUGAUGGCGGUGUCAACCUUUGUUCAGACUGAGCCAGAUGGAAAAACGGUUCCUAAACCUACACCGGCUUCAAAGGUCAACGGCUGUCACGCUCAAAAAGACACAGAGUCUGAAGGGAAAGGGGCAGAAAAUGGAGCAGUUGUAGAGAAUGGGGGAGGAGCCCAUUUACAUUCCCCUCUUCACCCUCAUCUUCAGCCUCAUCCCCCGUCUCCCUCUAGCACAGCCUCCUCUUCUCUCUCAUCUUCCCCCAUCUCCUCCCCUGUUCUGGCCAAGCGUCUGGGCAGUCCCGGCUUCCUUCAGUCCUCCUACCAAGCCGGGGUCAACCAGCGUUUUCAAGCCGCCAGACACAAGUUCCAGAGCCAGGCUGAGCUGGAGCACCAGCUGCAUGGUGGGCCCCUCUCCCCCAGGGAACUCUCCCCCACUACCUCCCCCUCCUCAAUCCUGCCCCCACCAGAGCACAGCACAGCCAAGCAGUUGGCCCGCAACACCGUCACUCAGGUGCUGUCCCGCUUCACCAGCCAGCAGGCAGGCAUAAAGCAGGCGCCCAUGAGCAGCUCCCCAUUUGGCACAGACUACCGUAAUGUAGCGGCGACUCCUCCAGGGGGGAGGUCGCCGUCUGCAGGGCCAUUAUCUCCGGGCAUCCGCUCUCCCCUCACUCCACGUUCUGAGAAAACCAAUCCACCUCCGAUCCCUCCCAAGAAACCCGGCAUGAGUCCGACUCCAGGCUCCCCGAGUCACUCUUCUCGGAGCAGCGUCUUCCCAGAGCUGACAGGGAACUGUGGACAGAGCAACAAUGGGCAGGAGGGGAACAAGGAGCCAGAUCUGCUUUUAUCUUCAAGCAGCUAACAGCUACAUUAAACUCCUAAAAUGAGGUGAACCUGAAUCAAGAGUUACUGUUAUGUUUUAUCAGCCUUUUUUAAAGCCGCUUCAUAAGGUUCAUAAUCAGUAGUUUAGACACUUUAAAGCUGGAGGGGUCCAAACUUAUAUAUUCAUGAGUUUGUCACACCCCUACCUCUCUGACAACCUGAAAACGAUCAGGAGGAAAAGAAAACUAAUAAAUUGCUUUUUAGAAAGAUUUAUUUUGAGGCUUUUAUGCCUUUAUUGAGUAUCUAGGACAGUGGUGGAGUUGGAAAUUGUGGAAAGAGAGUGAGGAAUGACAUGCAGGAAAGGAGCCACUGGUCAGACUUGAACCCAGGCUGUCCAUCUGGAGGACUAUAGCCCCUGUCUAUGGGGGUCAACCUAACCACUGGGCCCUGAAAUUAGUAUUUUGAAACUAUGAUUUCAUACUACUAACAAAUCCUGUCUUUAUUCAUUUGUAUGGAUUUUUAUAUAAGUUUAAGAUUAAAAAUAUUUAAGUUAUUUUUUCAUAGGCCACUGUAGAUUUUUGUUUGGCUAUGAGGUAAGAACACAUUUCCAUCUUGCUAGAGUCAUAAAAAAAGCUUAAGUCAGAUGCAAAACAGAAGAGCAAGCUUAUAAUACAUGAAAGAAAACUUGAGCUAAUAUGUAGCUUUUACCACAGAAAAUAGUGUGCAGUUUUUUAAUGUUUAUUCCACUUUUGCAAGAAAUUCUUCUGGAUGUAGUCCAUGAAACCAAUGUUAUACUGUAAAUAGUUUCUAAGGAACUAGAAGUUGAUUUCCUAUGAAUGAGCACAUGCAUGUGUUGUUUUUUAACUACCUUUGUCAUGAAUACACUGAAUCUUUUCACAAAAGGGACACUUUAUACAACUUUACUGUAAAAUACUUUAUAUCUAUUUGAAAUGUUUUGUUCAGGGAAAGUUGACUUGUGCUUUACCCAAACCAAGAACUGUGAGACUCUUUGGGAUAUUCCAUCAAUGAACAUCGCAUGCUGUAAAUGUUGCUGCUGCAGCUUCUCUUUCUUUAGUGUUUGUUAAAUACUCAUAUGUAUUAUGUUUGUUUUAUGUUGUCUGGCUUUAAAAUCAAAACUUGAUCAAAAGACUUUGUUAUUUUAGCCAAUUUUAUCUGUAGACUUAUACCUUGUGUCUGUGAGAGGGUGCUUGUCCCUCAGCUGUUUUCAGUAAAUAUGCAUAUCAUGAACCCCUGCACCCUCUAGUGCCCUUUCAAAUAAACUGCCCAUGCCUUAAAGCUUCACAUCUCAACCUUUUGUAACCCUUUAGGGUUUUUUCUUAAUAUUG